CACUCUUUUCUUUUGCCUUGGGCUUUAACUCGGUGGAUGAGGGAAUGGUACUUUGGAAUAGAUGAAUACUUUGGUUGUUCUUUUUUGUAGGUCAUUGGAAAAUGAUGGAAGAUUGUUCAUUAAUAUUAGCAAAUUUUUUAUGCUUCUGCAAAUUUAUUUUAUUUUUAGCUUUUUUGUGUAUUCUACUGUAAAUUUCAUCAUGUAUUUACAAAACUGUGUAGGCUUUCAGGCUCUCAUCCAGUAUCAAUCACGUCAAAGUGCUGUUACCACUAGAAGUACACUUCAGGGACGCAACAUAUAUGAUGGUUGCUGUCAACUGGACAUUCAGUUCUCGAACCUUGAUGAAUUACAAGUGAACUACAACAAUGAUCGAUCAAGGGACUUCACAAACCCAAAUCUUCCAACAGAGCAGAAAGGCCGAUCUUCACAACCUGGAUAUGGUGAUGCAAGGAGCAUGUAUGGUGUUCAAGGUUCUGGAGGUAGAGGAGCUGGAGGAUAUUCACAGAUGGCCAAUGCUGCAGCAAUUGCAGCUGCCUUUGGGGGAGGCUUGCCUCCUGGGGUAACCGGAACAAACGACAGGUGUACAAUUCUUGUUGCAAAUCUCAAUCCUGAUAGAAUAGAUGAAGAUAAACUGUUCAACUUGUUCACCAUUUAUGGGAACAUUGUCAGAAUCAAACUUCUUAGGAACAAACCAGAUCAUGCGCUUAUCCAAAUGGGGGAUGGUUUCCAAGCCGAAUUGGCAGUACAUUUUCUUUAGGUUUGUUACUUAGGUGCUUAUAUCUUUACUAGAGGUUCUUGUGAUUUUUAUGGUUAAUACUAUCUCUCCAAUGUAGGGAGCUAUGUUGUUCGGGAAGCGAUUGGAGGUCAACUUCUCGAAGCAUCCGAAUAUAACCCAAGGUGCCGAAACACACGAGUAUGUGAAUUCAAAUCUCAACCGGUUCAAUCGCAAUGCUGCUAAAAACUACCGGUAUUGCUGCUCGCCAACCAAGAUGAUCCAUUUGUCAACCCUCUCACAAGACAUCACUGAAGAGGACAUUGUAAGCCUU